CUGUUCCUAUCUGCUCUGUUCACGCACAGUUAGCAGUUGAGGAACACAUGCGUUUGACCACCCUGUUCAUUCGUGUCCAGCCUCUGCUUCCUGCUCCCAUGUUUUGAGCCUACGGCAGUUGGAGACAGUUCACCAUGUCCACCGGGUCUCUCAGCGAUGUCGACGACGAGCUCCUGGACGGCAUUCUGAAGUUUGGCUCCUCCGGUAAAGACUCCAACGAGAGCACGGAGGAGAGCUCCAACUGCGAGGGCACUUGCGCAAACGACGCGCCGGGCAAGAAACGGAAGACAGCGUCCAGGAAAACGGCACCCAAGGGUGUGGCACAGCAGGAGGGCAAGCAUGUGCAGAGAAACGCGGCCAACGCCCGGGAGAGAGCCAGGAUGCGCGUCUUGUCCAAAGCCUUCUCCCGGCUGAAGACCACCUUACCCUGGGUACCAGCGGACACCAAGCUCUCCAAACUGGACACACUGCGCCUGGCGUCCAGCUACAUCGCCCACCUCCGGCAGAUACUGGCCAACGACAAAUAUGAAAACGGAUAUAUCCACCCCGUUAACCUGACGUGGCCUUUCAUGGUUGCAGGCAAGCCGGAGAACGAGUUGAAGGAGAUGCUGAACACAACCCGGUUAUGUGGAACAACGGCGUCAUGACGAAACCAAGCGGACACCUUUGUACGUUUUCAAAGGAAAUAUGAUUUUCCAAGACAAUUUAAAAAAAGAUUGUGACUGAAAUGCACGUCUCAUCUCCGCAGACUUUGAGUGGGAAUAACGGAGAGAGAGAGAGAGAGUAUCCCCUCUCCUUCGUUCCCGUAAAGAAAAGUUGAAUUUUAUUUAAAUGCAUUUCUGUCACCUAUCUUUGUCUUUGCUGGUUCAAAGAUAAAUUGCUUGUUUGUGUUUUAAAUUGCUUUUUUUAUACUCUGCAGAUGCAUUUUUACUCAUGCAAGCCUGUUUUGGCGGCUGCAUUAUGAUGGAUGGAUGUGUCCACUGUCUCAAAUGGUUGUACAGAUUUGUAUAUAAAAUAUAUUUGUAUCACUUUUA